ACUGUCAUAAAAACUACCACACUUCCUCUCCUGUUACAUAAAAAUCAACUGUUAUAUACCCUCAACUCUUCCUCUCCUGUUACAUACAUCCACACCUGUCCUGUCUAUACCCUCCCCCACUGUCAUACCCUCCACACUCCCCUCUCCUGUACAUACAUCCCACUGUCAUACCCUCCACACUCCUCUCCUGUACAUACAUCCCACUGUCAUACCCUCCACACUCCUCUCCUGUACAUACUGCCCACUGUCAUACCCUCCACACUACUCUCCUGUACAUACAUCCCACUGUCAUACCCUCCACACUCCUCUCCUGUCAUACUGCCCACUGUCCAUACCCUCCACACUCCUCUCCUGUACAUACAUCCCACUGUCAUACCCUCCACACUCCUCUCCUGUAACUUACAUCCCACUGCCACUGUCAUACCCUCCACACUCCUCUCCUGUACAUACAUCCCACUGUCAUACCCUCCACACUCCUCUCUUGUACAUACUACCCACUGUCAUACCCUCCACACUCCUCUCCUGUACACACUGCCCACUGUCAUUACCCUCCACACUCCUUCCUGUACAUACAUGCCCACUGUCAUACCCUCCACACUCCUCUCCUGUACAUACUGAUUA